CAAUGGCAAAUGGACUUGUAGCGGUUUUAGCGCUGCACUGAAAUAACGUAGGUCUAUGGUAUCAGUCGUUGACUGUUUGCGAACAAGUAAAGAGCUAGGUAUAGUAAAAAUAUCAACUGUAGAAAUGGCCUCCUCGCCUUCUAUAAUUGCUAGAAAAACCAAAAAGGAAGACUUGGCUGAUGUAUUGGCUAUGAUUCAAGAACUGGCCGACUUUGAGCAAAUGUCUGACGGACCGCAGCUAACGGUGGAAGAUCUGGUCAGGGACGGAGGAUUCCACGAGGAGCAGCCACAAAAGGCACCAGUGUUUCAUAGCUUUGUGCUCGAACUGAUGGAACCAGUCAACGCCGCGGAGGCGAAUAAUGAAGAAAUACGGACGUCAUCUUCCACUAGCAGUAACCUUUCGACCCGCCACAACAAAUCCCACUUGAUUGGCUACGCAAUCUGCUUCUACUCGUACUCGACGUGGCAAGGCAAGUCGUUCUUCCUGGAGGACCUCUACGUGAAACCGGCCUAUCGCAAGUACGGCUACGGCAAGCUACUGUUCCGGACCCUGGUGAAGCAUGCGCGGGAAAAUGAUUGCGCGCGGUUCGAUUUCCACGUGCUCGCGUGGAAUCCGGCAAAGGAGUUCUACCACGCCAUGGGUGCACAAAAUUUGACGGAAGCCGAGCAGUGGGAGUUUUUCCGGUUGACGCGAGAGCAAAUGGAUAAACUUUGUGAGAACUGAUGUCUAGAA